AUGGCGCAACCGGCCAAGUCUGGCAUGGUUUUGCCCGACAUUCGAAAUUACUUCAGCUCUCGUCAGCUGCCCCAAGAGCAAAAAUCGUGGAAGGACCGACGGGCCAUCCCUGGAAGUCUCGAGGAAGAUGAACUCUUCGCCAACAUGCCAGAAUCUCGCUUCGGGAACGACGCGAGACGCAGAACAGCGCUACCCCCCCAAGCGUCGGGCUCGCGGAUCGAAGUCGUUUUGCCGGCAUCCCCAAGCCGCAAAUCGUCGCUGGACAAGGGCAAGUCGGACAGCCGAGAGGGACUUCUCGCAUACCUGUCGCAGACGGUUCGCAAGGAGACUCCCGUACCCCUUCCCAAAUUCCCCCGCAGCUGGUCUGAUCGGAUGGCGGCGGCGUCCGCCUCGUCCUCGAUCCCGACCCCGACCUCGAAGACCUCGACGCCCGUCACGGCGGCGCCAAACAACUCUUCCCGGGGCAGACCAAAGGGCUGGAAACCAGGCAUGUCCUACGCCGUCAUGAGAGGCAAGCGCCCCCCGCCUCCGCAUGGCAGGGCACGCCAGACCAGGGCCAAGGCACCGCCCCAGGGCUUCGCGAAGCGUCGUGGACGGACCCACAGACCUCCCUCGCCGGCACCGGAACUGAUAUACCAGCGCCUGGAGCCGAGCUUUGUCGACUUUCUCUGCGAGUGGGCCGGGUGCAAGGCCGAGCUGCACAACCUGGACACGCUGCGGCGGCACGUCUACGCCGUCCAUGGCCGUGGCGAGACUUGCCGCUGGGGCAAGUGCGCCGCUUCGGAACCGAGCAGGGAGCUUCCCAGCAGCCUGCUGUUCCGGCAUCACAUGGAGGAGGCACACCUGAUACCCUUUGCCUGGCACACGGGCGACGGGCCAAGGAAUCGGGGCGGCGACGUUUUUCGGGCCGUCGCCACCGCCGUGCCCGACUAUCUCAAGGACGCAGCCGGAAAUCAAGUCACGCCGUCGAUACGAGACCAAGAGCUGGAAGAUUACGCAACCUGGAGGGACAACCGGAGGAAGCUCAAGAAUCUCUUGAUACAGAGGGACAAGAACCUGCCCGACGAUACCUCGGACGAGACGGAAGACGAAACAUGA